AUGAAGCUCUCCAUUCUCUCCACAGGACUCGCAGUCCUUGCACAGUUUGUCUCUGCUGCCCCAACACCAACUGAAGGUGAUGCUAUUGCUGAGCGUGCAAACAUCGCUAAGAGAGCUUCUAUCACCGAUGUUGCCACUACCGGCUUUGCAACCCAAAACGGCGGAACUAAAGGAGGAGCAGGUGGCGCAACCACCACCGUCUCUACACUUGCUCAAUUCACAGCAGCAGUAACCAACGACGAAGUUGCAAGAGUCAUCGUCGUUAGCGGUACCAUCUCUGGUUCUGUCAAAGUUAGAGUUGGAUCCAACAAGACGAUCGUUGGAAAGAAGGGAGCUACACUCAUUGGAAUUGGCCUCUAUAUCAAUAAAUCCACAAACGUCAUUGUGCGAAACAUCAUUAGUCAGAAGGUCCUGGCUGCCAAUGGUGAUGCUAUUGGUAUUCAAGCAGCAAAGAAUGUUUGGAUUGAUCAUGUCGAUGUCUCCUCCGAUCUCACCCACGGCAAAGACUACUACGACGGUCUCAUCGACGUCACCCACGCCUCCGACUGGGUCACCAUCUCCAACUCAUACAUCCACGACCACUUCAAGGCAUCUCUCAUCGGCCAUUCCGACAACAACGCUGCUGAAGAUACCGGACAUCUCACCGUCACUCAACACAACAACUACUGGUCCAACAUCGGAUCCCGCACUCCAUCUUUCAGAUUCGGAACCGGACACGUAUUCAACAGCUACUUCUUGAACGCCAACACCGGUAUUGACACCAGAGACGGUGCGCAAAUCUUGGUUCAAAGCAACGUUUUCAAGAAUGUCAGUGAGCCAAUCGCUGCGCUUUACAGUGAUGACACUGGAUACGCAAACGCAUUCGACAACGAUCUCGGCGGAUACGCCAACACAGCUCCAGUCGGUACAUUGACCACCACUUCCCUCCCAUACUCGUAUUCCUUGUUGGGUAGCGGAAAUGUCGUUGCCGCUGUUGUAGGCUCUGCAGGUGCUACUUUGGCUUUGUAA